GACACAUAAAAGGCUCUGGGAUGAGGACAGGCCUGUCCUGUUGACCUCCACAGUCAUGAUGGGUAAGAUCAUCUUCUACGAGGGCAGGAAUUUUGAGGGACGCCACUAUGAGUGCAGUGGUGACUGCACUGACAUGCACUCCCACUUCUCCCGAUGUAACUCCAUUCGAGUGGACAGUGGGUGCUGGAUGGCCUAUGAGAAGCCUAACUUUUCUGGAUACCAGUACAUGCUGACAAGGGGGAAGUACGCCGACCACCAUCGCUGGUCCGGCUUCAACGACUGCAUCCGCUCCUGUCGCAUAAUCCCAGCUUACAAUGGAAACUACAGGAUGAAGAUCUUUGAGAGAUCAGACUUUGGGGGAAAGAUGAUGGAGCUGAGCGACGACUGCCCCAACCUGCAGGACCGCUUCCACCGGAGAGACAUUUCCUCCUGCAAUGUUAUGGAGGGCUACUGGAUCCUCCACGAGCACCCAAACUACAGGGGCCAUCAGUACUUCCUGCGCCCUGGCGAGUACAACAAGCAUAGUGACUGGGGCAGCAUGAGCUCUACCAUUGGCUCGGUGCGUCGCGUCACAGAGCUGAAGCAAAACAACCAAUAAAGUGGUCUCUAGAUCGCUCUGUCUGACAGCCUGCAGAAGUCUAUACAUAUGUAGAGGGGAUGCCAACAUGAGUCAAUCUCAGAAUAUGGUUGAUAUCAGGGAAUAAGGAGAUUGUCCUUUAGUAAUUAGACCACUUACUGAGAAUAUGGCUGGGCUGAAGAAAGCAAGCAGUGGAUUGGAAUCCUGAUGUAGAUUUGUAUACAAGAACAUUUAAAGGGCUUUAUGCAGACAGUCGUCAAUUUAUACAUACCAUUUCCUCACAUUGAAUAAUAAACCAGUGGACUGAAGGGACAGUAUAUUUAAUUGUGUCACUAAUGCAGCAUGCAGCAGCAAAGACAGUUGCAAUUUCUUCCAACCGAGCCUGCUUAAAUUGUUUUUUUAUUUUUAUUAUUCUGACCUAUACCAAAACACGUGAACUUCAUGUGUCUAUGACAAAGUAACUUUGUUAACUUGUCAAUGUAGCACUGUUUGGAAUAUAACAAAAUCUUACCAGUUGAUGUAUGUGGUGUGAGACAAUACAAUGUUGGUGUGUUGACAUUCACUACAAGUAAAUCAAGUUUGAGCAAUCAGG